UGUACAGUUAUCCAGGAGACCUCUAGGCGGACAAAUUUCUUGUAAUGACAUCGCAAAACCUAACAUUUUACUUUGAGUCUCUACUGUACACCCGGUACUGUAGACGUAUCAUCGACAAGAAGACGCUGGAAUUACAUAAAGUUUUAAAACAACACUAAACUAUUUGUAGUUGAGAAAGACAUCGAGUUAUGUGGCAUUAUUUAACACGUUCAGGUCUUAGCAUAUACGAACAUUAUUUUCUUUCUAUUCACAAGUAAACUGGUAGUCUGUGUGAAGACCAAGCCCAGCCAGCCUAAGCUGUCAGCAGUACUGCUCCCUUCUGAGUCAUGCAUUGAAGCAAAACAAAUCUGCUCGUAGCUGCAAAGCUAACAAGACGCCGAACACGCAAGUGCCUGUUCAUUUGAAGAAAGUCAUACAGGUUUGGAACGACAUGAGGGUGAGUAAAUGAUGACAGAACUUACAUUUUUGGGCAAACCAUCAACAGUUCUUUAAGAGAAUUGACAAAUGUAUGUGAUUUUUUGCUUCACUCUAGUAAGCAAUGAUGUCAGUGUCAGUUAGGAAGGGAACCAACAAAGCUUUUAUGAGAAGCCUCAUUGUUUUAGCAUUUUCUCAGGGGACCGAACAGAAAGUAGGCCUGUGUUAUCAUCAUUAUUAGCAGGGUGAAUGAUGGGAAGACAAAGUACCACCCCAAACAUGUCUGACUCACUUGAAAGGGUGCAGUUCUUCCUUCUAGGUUUCCCUUAAUACCCAUCUACCUCUGAUUUUUCACUACUUCUUCACUGCAUUGCCACCCAUCUCUCGUUGCCUGAAGCCAUGGCUGCUAACAGGAAUGCUUUGGCCCUUCACAAAGUAAUAAUGGUGGGCAGCGGUGGCGUGGGCAAGUCAGCACUAACACUGCAAUUCAUGUACGAUGAGUUUGUGGAAGACUAUGAGCCCACCAAAGCUGACAGCUACAGAAAAAAGGUGGUUCUGGAUGGAGAGGAGGUUCAGAUCGACAUCCUCGACACAGCGGGACAGGAGGACUACGCUGCCAUUCGGGACAAUUACUUCCGCAGCGGAGAGGGAUUUCUCUGCGUGUUCUCCAUCACAGAAUCUGAAUCCUUUGCUGCUACUGCUGAUUUCAGAGAACAGAUCCUUCGGGUAAAAGAGGAGGAGAACGUACCUUUCCUGCUGGUGGGAAAUAAGUCAGACUUGGAGGACCGACGGCAAGUUGGGGUGGAGGAGGCCAAGGCCAGAGCAGAUCAGUGGGCAGUCAGCUACGUCGAGACUUCUGCCAAAACCCGUGCCAACGUAGAUAAGGUGUUUUUUGAUCUCAUGCGUGAAAUCAGAGCCAGAAAAAUGGAAGAUGGCAAAGAGAAAAAUGGAAAAAAGAAGAGGAAAAGUUUGGCAAAGAGAAUUCGAGAAAGAUGUUGCAUUUUAUAACGACUGGGUCACACUAUAACACUAACAUCUUUUCUCUACCCUUCCACUGCUUCCAAACAAAAUCCAUCAGGUUUCAUCACAUUUAGACCUGUCGCGAUAACUUUUUGUUGUGCGAUAUAUUGCCCCAGAAAUAAUUGCGAUAAGCGAU